UCCAUUGUGUCGCCCAUUGUAUCGCUCCCCACUUUGCAUUGCUUUUUCCACAUUUCAAUAUGAAAUUUCUACAUAUUUUAUUCCUUUUUCUAUUAACUACUUAUAUCCAUACUUUUGAACAUAGUGCAUCUGAAGAAUGGAAUGAUAAAUUAGAAAAUGCGCUGGAUAGGUUAUUAAAUCUAGUUGGAACUGUUGAGCAAAUGGUUGAUCUACUCAACGAGAUAGACUUUGUUUUGAAGAAUAUGGCUGAGUUGGAUAUUUUAGUAGUGAGAAAGGUUCAGGAUAAAUUGGAUUUUGUCCCGCACGAUGACAUCAAAGUUUCUCCAAUACCAAUAUGUCCUCGAGAAUAAUAAUAAUAUCAUUUUUAUUUGAGUCUGGUUAUUUGGCUAUUAGAUAAAAUUGUUAUACAAAAA